CAAACAUAAACACCAAAAGAAAUGUUACAGCUCUUUCCUUCUUUGUCUACGAUUCGCAUUAAGCAAAGAUGAAUUACAACGCUGGACAAUCCUCGGCUCCUAAACCUCCUGCUGCCGCCAUGACAUACAUCUGUGCUGAGUGCGGAUCCGAAAACGAAAUUAAGCCUAAGGAACCCAUUCGUUGCAAAGAAUGUGGUUACCGUAUAAUGUAUAAAAGGCGCACCAAACGAAGUACGUUUUCGUUUGUUUUAUUUGUUUUGUCCUAUCUUUUCUCUACGUCUCGAUUCCCCCGACGAGCAGCGCUGUUGUUUUCGUUCUCAAAUGGCAUCAUAUAUAACAGAUACAUAGCAAGACUGGAUAAAAUCCUUCUUUUUCUAAUUCUAGCACCAUGUGAUCCGCUGUUGUCAGAGAGACAUAUUCAUGUAUUUGAUUAAUGUUCAUGUGAGACUAAUCGUGCUGUUCUACUUCAAAUGCAACCUCUAUUUCAUCAUAUAGUGGUUCAAUUCGAGGCUCGUUAGGCAGCAACUUCGUCUUGGAUGAACACAUUAAGCAC